AUGUCAACCAACAGAUAUCUUUCAAACACGACAGAGACACAUCCAGAAGCUCCAACCGACAAUGUUGUGCUCGCUGAUGAGAUGCCAAACCCACAGCAUGUGGUAUUUCCAAAUGCCUUGCCAAAACAACCUUCUGUCUACUCUCUUUCUUCAACUUCAUCCCAUAGCACUAUUAAUUCUUUGGGGCAAAAGGCACUUGCCAAAAUUCAAGAUGUAAUUUCCUCAACACUGCUCGUAUUGAUUGAUGCGAAAAGCAAACACGGAUGGAAGAGUUAUUUGAUGGUUGUGAUCUUGUAUAUUUAUAUAUGGAUUGGUUCUAUUGUGAUUGGACUUGAAGGUGAAUAUAAUUUUGGACUCUAUGGUUCAUGGAUAUGGAGAGCUUUCAAUUAUUUGGUCACUUUCUCAUUCAAUGCCAUUCCAUAUGAAGCUGCCAUUGCAUUAUCCUCGUUAUGUAUUCUCAUAUCCAUUUCAGUAUUAUGUCUAUUUCUCUAUACAUCAAGAGUUUAUCACAAAGCAGAUCGUUCUAUCAAGACCAUUCAAUCAUUGGUCAAAAUAUUGGGAUUUGUUAUUUAUUUUGGACAUUUGGUCAUGACAUAUUUGAUGACUUCAUUCAUUGAUUGCAAUUAUUCAAGUUCAGUUACUUUUGAUGGAUUCAGUGAACCUCAAAAAGUUUUGAAUCGAUUUCCAUCUUACAUGUGUUUCUCUUCAAGUAAUAUUGCAUUGAUUGUUUUGAACUUUUUGGGAAUUAUUUGUUUAAUGUUGAGCAGCAUGGUGUGUUGUUUUGUGUUGGGAAAUUGUCACAUUCGAAAUGAGAGACCAUUCAUUUCAGACAAUUCACUCUUCAUUGGAAGUGUUUUGGUCAUUUCAGAAAUUCAAAUCACAUUGAAUGCAAUCAUUCCAAAUUCAUUCAUGUUUGUGAAGAGUAUUCUUCAUAUUCUUCUCUCAUUCACACUUUUUGUCAUGCUCUUGUAUUUACUUCCAUAUUAUCGAAGAUAUGAAAAUUCAUUGAUUGGUGCUCUAUGUUUGGGAAAGACAUUUAUUUGUGUGUUUCCAUUGAUUUCAUUUCUUGUCAAUUCAAAGAAUGAAUGGGAAAUGGGUUUAGCAUUUGCAACAUCAGCUUUGGGAAUGUUCUUGAUUGGAUUUUUAAUUGGAUUUUUCAUUGUUGAAAUUUAUACAAGAGUUCUUUACAAAAUGACAAGACUCACCAUCAUGCAAGCAGUGGUUGAAUGUGCAGUCUUAAUUAUUGAUGAUGGAUUCACAGCUGAAGAACGAUUUCAAACCAUCAAGAACUUGUUUGAGAAGGAAGCGAUUGCUCUCUUUAAAGACAUGGAAGAGAGAAAACAAAUUCGAAAUUUGGAAUUGUUUCUCAAAUUUUGUUUAUUAUCAGGUAAUGAAGGUAAUGAUGACACUUUUGGAUUUUCAGAUAAGGAUAUGGCCAUUUGUAUGAUCAAAUCUGUGUCUCAACACAAAAGAUUUCAACACAAGAAUCUUCUCGUUUCUUCAAGUUUAUUGUGUGCUUACUUUUGGGAUAUGGAUCGUCAAGUCACAUUCACAAAAUCACCAAAAUCAUAUUGCAUUUCUUCACUUGAAUAUUCUCAAACACUUUUGAAAAGAGUGAAGAAUGAAAAGAUGGGAAUUUUAUUGAAUUUCAUGUUGAAAGAAAAGUUGAAACAAAUUCAAGAUUCCCUUCGAAGAGAGAAAGGUGAUUCCAAAGAUUUUUCAACAGUUUUGGACAUGUCUGAAAUGUUGAAUCGACUUGAAAAAGAUACACUCACCAUUGUUCAAUGCAGAAAAUUGGUUUGGAAAGAAUUAAUGAAUGACACUGUCAAUGAAAAUAGAGUGUUGGAAAUCAAUCGAGUGGCAUCCUCUCUCAUCAUGGAAUGUGAAGAAACUUUUGAAAAUUUGAUGAAACUCUUCUCUGAAGAAAAGAGUGUAUUGAGAUUAUAUGCAAGAUUCAAUGAAGAAGUUCUCUUCAACAGUGACAAGGCAUCUGAACUCUAUCAAGAUGCUCAAAGUAUUGAAGAUGAGGAUGCAAGAAAGGGUCACCAGGUCACAAGCAAUACUACUGUAAGCACCAGCUUUAGACGUAGUGCUUCCAAAAAUCGAGUGUUACCCUCGUCUUGUUACAAAAAGACUUCCACCACACAACAAAACCGAAACUCUGUAAACAUUAGAAACUCCUUUUCCAAGGGAAACGUGUUUGCCAAUGCAAUGAUAACUUCCAAUCUGAACGGUCUUCAUGGAACGUCGAAAGAAAUGGUCGAAGACUCAUCCAACCUGGAUAUUUCAGAAGCAGCAGAUGCACCAGAGGUAAAAAAGGAAAUGAUUUACAAGAGUUCAAUUGCAACAUCCGAGAACCAUCUAUUGUGGUAUUCAGCCAUGAUCUCCACGAACGUGAUUAUUGGCGUUCUAUUCCUUGUGAAAGUAAUUUUGGCAUGUAUUGCAGUAAGUGCCUCAACAAGUCAUCUCGAUACCAUUCAGUAUGCCUGCACCCCUUCUGCUCGCUCACUUACGAUCAUUUCAAAUGUGAGAGUUCAUCAAAUAGUGUCAUCAUUGUUUGGAAACAAAUUUCCAACAUCAUUAACCUCUGCUGGAUUUUUGAACAUGAGUGAUUAUGACAAAACCUUCUCGCAACGAGUAUCUACGGCACUUGAGGAUUUUUACAAGCUUCAAAAUUUAGCCCUCUCAGGUCUUUUAUCAGAUCAAAUUUAUAGAAAGUAUUCGACUGACUCCUCUCUUGUGUACUAUCCAGAAAUUCCUCACAACAAUUUAUAUGGCCAGUAUUUAAAUCCAAAACCAAGAAAUGUGAGCAUGUCCACCCUUACACACUCUUUUUUACAAUAUUCUGAGGUUAUGAAAACUUGGAAGGGGCGUGAUUUUAAUCAGUCACUACUUACUGAUUUUGUUUUCAUGUACUUGUGGCACAAUAGAGACUCAUUCUCUCAUAAUUACGGAGCAUUCUGUGACAGUGUUGCCAAUGAGGUCUUUGAGAGCGUCACUCGCUUUAGACAAGAGUUCAUUUAUUAUUGCAUUGCGUCCUUCAUUGUGUCAUUUUUACUAUGUUUGCUCAUGGCUAGUAUUCAAUUGAUAUUUACCUUGAAAAUACGAAAGGUUGUGAAACUGUUCAAAAAACAUUUACCAAAAGAAGCGAUUGGUAAAAUUUUCCAUGACAUCAAAGUCAACGAGGGAGAAACAAAAGCCACUAGUAGACUGUGGCAGAAUCCAAACCUUAGAAGUAUUACCUAUAUCGUUUUAUUUGGAACCCUAUUUUUUCUGUGCUCUUCUCUUAUAUUAUAUAUUGCUCUUGCGGCCACAGAUAGUUCAAGCAGUAUUAUCCAAAAUAUUCAAUACUCGGUGAGAGUUGCUACGUCUGCCCAAAUUACAACCUUGCAUAUUGGUGAGAUUUAUAUAUUUGGUAUCUUGCCUUAUGAUCAAUAUAAUAUGAAUUCAGCAUUACUUUUUGAUCAUGAUGGUGUAUAUGAAUAUCACGAAGGAAUUGAUGAAUCUACAAAAGAUUUAGAGAGAUAUUGGGAUCAGUUGAUCUAUGGACACGGUAAAUUUCCUCCCCUUGUUGGUAAAUAUCCUGAAAUUGACGCUAUAUUGAAGGGCUUACAAUGCCAACAACUUGGAAAUUCAUCUUCAAAUUCAACCAAGUGUGAAAGUUUACACAAUAUUGUGCACGAUUUUCUGUUGAAGGCCAUUGAAAUUAAUGAAAUAUAUGCCUCCAAAGGAAAAGAUGUGGUUAAAGUUUUUGACCAAUAUUUCACCCAUCUUUAUGAAUCAUGCCACAAAUUAUCAAAUGCAAUGAUUAAUUUUAUUGAAAUUUAUGUUGUCAGUGUUCAGAAAGGUGACAGUCAAACUUGGACCAUUGUUAUUGGAAUUCUUGGUAUAAUAUUAUUGCCAAUUGUUACGUAUUGGUCCAUCCUAAGCGUGUCCAACCAUUUUUCAGAAAUCCAAUGUUUAAGAAUGAUGUUAAACUAUGUCAAAGUUGAAAACAUUGACACCAAAGAACCACUCAGAAAUUACAUUCUCUUCCAUCAUCUUGAAUGGAUCAAACAUAAAAAGUCAUCAAGAAGAGAGGAUGAUGACAAGGUUAGAAACGUUCUCAAUGCAACGGUAGAUGGAGCUGUAUUGUGCAAUCAAGAAUUUGUUGUCGAUAUUUACAAUCCAUCAGCACAGAGAAUGUUUGGAAAGAAUAUGAAUGAAGUUGUUGGACUCCCUCUCUGGAAUUUGUUUGGACAAGAAAAUAAGGAAAGAAUUCAAACCUCUUUGAACCACAUGAAAAACAAUACAGGAAGUAUUGUAAGUGGUGAAACAUUGGAAAUUGAAUGUUCGAGAAAGAAUGGAACGAAAUUUCCAGCGAAAUUGAAUAUUUCAUGGACUACUUUUGAUGGAAAACCAGUAUUCGUUUGUUUCAUCAAGGAUAUUACCACUGAGAAGAAACAAAAUUCACUUCUUGCUGAAGAAAAGAAAACUUCAGAGAAUCUUUUGAGAAAUAUUUUACCUGAAUCAGUGGCUAAAAAAUUGAAAAAUGGAGAAACAUUUAUUGCAGAAAAGCUUCCAGAUAUUACAUGUUUCUUUUCUGACAUGGUUGGAUUCACAAAACUUUCAAGUUCCAUGAAUGCACAUCAAGUGGUGAAAAUGUUGAGUGAUAUUGUGAAUGGAUUUGAUUCAUUGACUGACAAGUAUGAAUUGGAAAAAAUCAAAACGAUUGGAGAUGCUUAUUUCUGUGUUGGAGGAUUGCAUCAAGCCAGUGAUCAUGCAGAAAGAGUGUUGAGAUUUGCCAUGGAAACUUUUCGAGUGGUGAGAAAUUACAAUCACAAAAUGAUUUUGGAAAUGAUUGGUACAUCUGUAGGAAAUGAUUCAAAUACUCAUGGCUUAAUUUCAAGCUCUUCAUCGAACAAUAAUUUAAUGUCACCCACCACAACUUCAGCAACUGAUCAUGUCAUUCAUCAAGUGGAUAUUCGAGUUGGACUCAACACAGGAGCUGUAGUGGCAGGAGUGAUUGGAACUAAAAAGUUUGCGUAUGAUUUGUGGGGAGACACCAUCAAUGUUGCUUCUCGAAUGGAAUCAACAUCAUUGCCAGGACGAGUUCAAAUUUCUCGUUCCACCUAUGAGAGAGUUCAUGAUUUGGAUUUACAAUUUGAAGAACGAAAAAUUGAAGUGAAAGGAAAAGGAGCCAUGCAAUCUUACUUGUUGAGUGACAAGGCACACGAACGAGCAGUAUUGACCUCUCAAGAAAUUGACGAAUUGAAGGAAGAAAGAAUGGUUGAAGCAGAAACGAUGUUUUCCUCAAUGAAAAAAGAACCCAUUCGUGAAUCGGUAGAUUAUUCAGACGCCGUGAUUCACGACCAUGCAGCUGUGACAGAAGAAGAGGAUGACCAAGUAGUUAUGGAACCCUCCAAUGCAGAUCUUUCUCAUUACACAAUGAAAAGCAAAUAG